CCGUUUCUAUGAUUUCAUUCUGUACCAGGACUGAGAUUGCAUUUCCAAAGUUGUCGAACCCCACUUACUGAUGUUGUUGCUCGGGCGUGGUGGUCUUAUUCAUGAUUGGUUUUUCUUUUGGUGUUGCAACCGGUCAUCGAACAGUUGCAGGGACCAUAGCACAGAGGCUGCCACAGGCAAAGCGGAACGAAGCAUGCGAUGACAUGGUGGGGCCACUAGAGAAGCCAGGCAUUAUGAGCUUCCAGGAAAAUGAACAGGCGGUUGUUGUCAAUGAAAAAUUUUACAAUGGUGGUGGAGGAAUGGUCCCGGAAGGUGCGUUGAAGGAGAGCAAGGUUGAUAAGGAGGUGCGGGGUGGCACCAAAGCAUUUUCCUUGGAGUUUAUUUGCCACCUUAUGGAGCUGUUGGCUCAGUUCUAUGCAGAACCAGCAGCAGGAGUUGGAGCAAUAUCACUAUUGCAACCUACAUUGACGGUGUUAUCUGCUCAGCCAGGGUCUUCAUCGUUCUCAUUCCCAGAAGAGGAAAUGGGAUCAUCUUCUUCCUUGGCAUUUCUUGUCUCAUGGUUAUCAUCUGCAUGUCAAUCGGCGAUGGACAAAUUCAUGAAGAGGAAAGAGCUAUACGACAUCCUCGCCGUCAACUCUAGCGCAAAUUCCAUUGGGAUAAACAACGCGUAUAACAAGGUCAGUCGGUGAGAGCCAUUUCUUUCAAUGCAAACUCUGGUUCGUAGGUGCGAACACUGGCUUCGUCUUUCCAAUUCUUCUAUUCUUAUCAGCCCCUAUU